UAUAUUAAAUAUAUCACGUUAUCAAUCUUUAUUACUUUAAGAUAUUUUAUCACAGCAAACGUCCGCUAAUAGAUAAGUAAACGACUAAGCGAGAAAAAAUUUACAUGAUAGUAAUGAGAGAGAUAAGACAUUCCUACAAAUAAUAAUAAUAAUGUGUUAAAUAUAUAAUAAAUGCUUAAUAAACUAAUACGCAUUUAAUAAACAAAUCUAAAAAUUUAAAAUAAAAUUUACACGCCGAGCGCGCGAAUAUCCAAAAGAGCCUUUUGUUUACUCUUUCCGCGAGACGAGAGAAAUACAAUCAGAAUAAUUCUAAAGUAUUUGCGAAUUGAACGAAUGGCGCUGCAGCGGCCAUAUCGAUAAAGCAAGUGUCGCCUCACGCCUUCAUCGGACCACGUUCUUUUUCGACCCAGUGACUUUCAUUCGAUUUCGGCCUCUGAAAAUUUCAGACAGUCUUGUCCGUUCUCCAGACAUGUUUCAACUCCAUUCAGAGUGUCAGGAAAAGAAUUUUAUUACAGAUCAUCGUCGCGGGCCCAAUCGAUCGUCGCCCGAAGCGAGUUGACGUCGGCGACGCGACGCGACGCUACUGCCGGCCACGACUACUGCCACGAUGGCCGAGGAGGCUGACACAAACGAUAACGCGACGAUGGAAAGUAUAGCGCGGACAAUAGCGGAGGUCGGUGGCACCGGUGGCGAUGGUGGCGGUGGCGACGGUGGCGGCGGCGGCGGCGGCGGCGGCGGUGGCUCACCGACCACGACGACGGGCGAGGUGGGCGCGUUGCAGUUUCAGGCGUCCCAAGUGAUCGCCCGGCUCGAGCAGGCGGUGGAGCAGGCCGCCGACGGCGGUGGCACCACGUGGAACAACCCCUCAGGAUUCCUGACACAGCCGAAGAAACCGGAGGAAAUAUUAGCGUUGAUACAGGAUUUGGUGAUUCACGAAGACGCACCACAACCAGUCGAGGUAGGAUCCACUGAUUCACCGAUCAGUCAGAUCACCGCUCUGCCAGCUCUAACCGAGGCAGCAAAAUUGGCCUUAAUCACACACACCGUUUCGGCUUACGCUGUAGCGUUACCGAAGUCACACGCGCAGAAACUCGCGGGUCGUCUCGCAGCCGACACGACGAGAUGGCUCAGCCACAUCUUCCGCUUCGUCGAUUGUGCGUCCUCUUUUCACGAGGACCACCUCGAGGGGUUGGUCAGGGUGACACGACUCGCCUUGCAUCGAAAAUAUCCGCGAUACAUGGAAGAGGGUUUCACCGCAUUCGUGUCUCAACCUCCCCUGAUUUACAGUUCUGUCGCUGCUCCCAUGGGUGUCGUUCAGCAUUUGUGCAGACAGCUCUCCUUGCCGCUUCAUUGCAUAAGACCGAUCCCUCAUAACACUAUGUUUGGCUCGAGGCAUACUAUGGAUGUCUCAGCGCUGGAACGACGCUUAGCGGAAGACACGCAGUCGAACAAUGUAACGCCGUUACUAGUUCUAGCCGAAGCUGGUUCAGUGUUGACAGGCCAUUGCGAUAACAUCACGCGAUUACGAGCAAUAUGCGACAAAUACAAUGUCUGGCUACAUCUCAGAGGGCAUUCGCUAGCUGCGCUUGCAUUGAACAAUUCAGCAAAAGAUUUGCCGUCAAAAAUAGCGGAUAGCAUUACAUUACCGCUCGGAACGUGGCUUGGUAUACCAUCGCUGCCGGUGGUCACAUUAUAUAGAUUAGCAGACAUUAAAGGAGGAAGACCCACUCCGAGAGAUACUACUCUAUCGCUAGUUUCAGGGUUGAUGGCAGAUUCUCUAUCGAGACGAUUGCCGACUUUGCCUUUGUGGGCCGUUCUGCAAGUUCUAGGUCGAGACGGUGUACAUAACAGAUUUAAAAGAUGUUUUUUGGCUGUGGAAGAGUUGUACAGUAAAAUUAAAGAGUUCUCUUGUAUUAGAAUACUGAGUCAACCGCCAGGAGGCGAAACAGAGUCUUACACCUUAAGUGAUUAUCUAGCGAAUCCUGUAAACAAUUUACAGUUAUUUGAAAUAGUAGCGAACGCGUUAGUUUUCCAAUUCGUAUCUGCGAAUAAGGAUCUUCAAGCUACGGACCGCGUGCUGCCUUAUUACGAUAAGUUGAACUCCUGGUUGGGACAGAUUCUCCAGAGGGACAUUGACAAUAUACAGAUAGAACUUUGUGAUAUAGAACAGUGCGGCGUCGCGAUUCGUAUCUGUCCAUUGGAAAAUCCCGAUCAGCCACCCACGACCGAAGAUAUAGAUAAUUUAGUGACUUGUCUUGAGCAACAAAUAGAAAUAUUGCUGGCGACAGUGGAACACAAAGACACGUUCAUACGUUUGGUGUCAGAGAAUGAUUCCUUACAUUUAGUGGAAAUGCCGGGCUGGGCCGGUCUGGGAGGUGUGCGUUAUGCUCCACCUACCUGGAUUCACGUCAUGACUGAUCAGGCAAGAGACGAACUAAACAAAUUAAAUACACAGUUGGUUGAAACUCUACGCAGCACGGAUGCCGCAUUUUCUCUCGGCGAAGGCGCGGAUGGUUUAGCUUGCGUAAGAUUUGGCAUGGUGACACAAGAUACAGAUGUUGCCGAACUGUUGUCCUUAGUCUUGCAAGUUGGUCAGGAAGUGGAAGCUAGUUCUAAAAUGAUGGAUACCAUCUCUGAAGUAGUCAAGAGAGGCAUCGAGACGGCGCAAACGGAUUUGGAGAGGGAAAAUGCGGAGAAACUGUGGCAAGAGGGUAUUCUCAGGCACGUUCCUGUAGUAGGGACUUUUGUCAAUUGGUGGAGUCCUAUCUCGAAGGAGACAGGUGUUCGUGGACGUAGUCUAAAUUUACAAGCUGGUAUCGUGGAAAGUACAGAAAAUAUUUACAAGUAUCACAUGCAGUUACAACCUAAUUUCACGAACAGCAACGGUUCCGGCGCUAGAACUCCGCCGCAGCCGCUAGUGCAAACGCCAGUCGGGGCUAAUAGUCAAAGUCACAGUCGAUCAUCAAGUCAUUCUAGCCUACAGAGUGGUAAGAACGUGCCUCUAAUAAGCAAUAUCAGUCCUCAGCCUCAAGUGAAAGAAGAAUCUGGGCAAGCAAAGUCGUAGUGAACAUUGUAUCGAUAAAUCGAGAAUACAUCGUUCCAACUCGUUAAACUUGGAAUAAGAACAAUGCUUUUUGAACAUGAAAUGUUAAAACGUUUCCUUUAAGUGGUACAGUCUUUAUAUUUGCGAAGUAUUAGACCGUAACUUGUAUAGCUUAUCGAUUGGGUUAAAUAGAACGAGGUGCGCGCGACAGUUUAAUUUUAUCUUUCUGCUAAUACUUUGACUGGCUAUUUCUCGCCGAAGAUAUAUUUCUCGCUUUUAUAUAUUUGAAUGUUCGUAGUCUCUUUCCUAUAAAGUUCAUAAAGUUAUUUGUAUCAAGCGAGCAUGACUUAAUCAUGGGGUGGCCCAUGUACUUAUUAGACUGAUAACACAUAGCAAGUCGCUUUUAUAAAUUCGUAUUACAGUUUUAUGCUGAAAUAUCUCUUGUGGCAUAAUGAUCAGAAUGAAAUAUUUUCUUCUAAUCAAUUACUUUCUUCUUCUCGUACCUUAUUAAUACUAAUUCAUCAGAUAAUAUAUUUCCUUAAAAGACAACGUUAUAGUAAAAUUAUUUAUUGUUGACUCUGUUUAUAG